GUAUUCACUUCCCUGUUUUGGCAGUGCGCGCUGGGUAUUCUGAUAUCUUCACGAGCUCCCGGUGGCUUCACUGACUUGUUGGUGUGAGCUUGUCAAGAUGUUUGUUUGAUUUUUGUGAUUUUACUCAUGUGGACUGAGGAGGAACUAAUUCUACACAAUCUCCAUAAUAUGACCGUGGACCAAAACUCCACCAACAUGUCUGAAACUGGGACUAUGAGCUUGGAGCAGGGACCGGUGGAGUACCGCAUUUCAGGCCUGAUUUUCUACUGCUUCAUCUUCAUCAUUGGAGUCCUGGUUAAUCUCACUGCUCUAUGGGUGUUUGCCCUGACCACAAAGAAAAGGAACUCAGUCACCAUUUACAUGAUAAACGUGGCCCUAGUAGACCUCACUUUCAUCCUGCUACUUCCUUUCAGGAUGGUUUACCACCACCAGGACUACUGGCCUUUUGGAGAUCUCUUCUGCCGAAUCAUGGCAGCCCUCACCAUUUUCUACCCUUGCAUGGCUCUGUGGCUGUUUGCCCUGAUAAGCACUGACCGCUACAUGGCCAUUGUCCAGCCAAAGCACGGCAAGGAGUUGAGGAAUGUCCCGAAGGCUGUUGUGGGCAGUGUUUUGGUGUGGGUCAUGACCCUGGGCAGCUCUGUGCCCUUGCUCUUCUCCGACAAGGACCCUGAUCGCACAUCUAACUUCACCACCUGCAUCAAGAUGCAAGACAUCAUCUUCAUGCGCCACGACAACCCCGUCAACUUUGCGCGACUCAUCUUUUUCUUCUUUGUUCCCAUCUGCAUAAUGAUCGUCUGCUAUGUUGUCAUUGUGGACAAUCUGAUCCAUGGCCGCACCUCUAAACUCAAGCCUAAAGUGAAGCAGAAGUCCAUCCGGAUUAUCAUCACACUCAUUAUCCAGGUGCUGGUGUGUUUCGUGCCUUUUCACGUGUGCUUGGUGCUCCGUUUGGUGGGGGAAGGCAGAGACGGGGGGUACAGCACAUGGGCGGUCUUCACCACAUUCCUGAUGAACCUAAGCACAGUCUUGGAUAUCAUCCUUUAUUACAUUGUCUCCAAGCAGUUCCAGGACAGGGUGAUUAGUGUGAUUCUGUACAGGAACUACCUGCGAAGCGUGAGGCGAAAGAGCAGGCACACACACACAGGCAGCGUCAGAUCAAUGAGCAACAUGACCAGCGCAAUGAUAUGA